CCGUCGUGGGGGUAGCGUCGUCGCUCGCACAUCCUCGCACCAGCAACCGGGCAACCGCAGCCGGCACCCGUCCGAGCAUACAACAGCGAGAUACACUCGUAAAAGUGUCAAGUUAAUUGAUGAUUGUGCCGACUCAAAUCACAGUCGCGAGUUAGGUUUUUUAAUCAUAGUGCAACUGUGCUUUCGUCCCGCGAUCUACUCGGCUGCAUUUCUUUGGUGUGAGCUUGCUGAAGUGUGAAAAGAUCACAAUGAACGGUUUGAACGGGCACAGCAACGGCGACAUGAAUGGUGCGGGCGACAUCAUCACGCAGAACCAGCAGAAGGGCUGGUGGACCAUCGGCCUCAUCAACUCGCGGUACCGGUACCUCACGGCCGAGACCUUCGGCUUCAAGAUCAACGCCAACGGCACCAGUCUCAAGAAGAAACAGAUAUGGACGUUAGAGCCUGCUUCGGGGAACGCAAAUGACAGCAUGAUCUACCUGCGCUCGCACCUCGACAAGUACCUGGCCGUGGACUCGUUCGGGAACGUCACCUGCGAGUCCGAGGAGAAGGAGGCCGGCAGCAAAUUCCAAAUUAGCGUGUCAGAAGACAACAGCGGGCGCUGGGCGCUGAAGAACGUGGAGCGAGGCUACUUCCUGGGCUCCAGCUCCGACAAGCUCACGUGCACCGCCAAGGUGCCCGGCGACGCCGAGCUGUGGCACGUGCACCUCGCCGCGCGCCCGCAGGUGAACCUGCGCUCCAUCGGGCGCAAGCGGUUCGCGCAUCUAUCCGAAUCGCUGGACGAGAUCCACGUGGACGCCAACGUGCCCUGGGGCGAGGACACGCUGUUCACCCUGGAGUUCCGCGCCGACGAGGGCGGCAAAUACGCGCUGCACACUUGCAACAACAAGUACCUCAGCGCGGGAGGCAAGCUCCUAGACACAUGCACACCCGUGUGCCUGUUCAGCGCCGAGUACCACUCGGGAGCCCUGGCGCUGCGCGACGGCGCCGGCGCAUACCUCGCGCCCAUCGGCUCCAAGGCCGUGCUCAAGACGCGCUCCACCGCCGUCACCAGGGACGAGCUGUUCUCGCUCGAGGACAGCCUGCCCCAGGCCGCCUUCGUCGCUGCCCUCAAUGAGAAAUACGUCUCGGUCAAACAAGGUGUAGACGUGACCGCCAACCAGGACGAGAUCUCCUCGCACGAGACGUUCCAGCUGGAGUUCGACUGGGCCACGCGCCGCUGGUACAUCCGCACCAUGCAGGACCGCUACUGGACGCUCGAGACGGGCGGCGGCAUCCAGGCCAGCGGGGACAACAAAUCGUCUAACGCCCUGUUUGAGCUGGAGUGGCAGGGCGACGGCGCGGUGGCGUUCCGCGCCAACAACGGCAAGUACCUCAUGACCAAGCGCUCCGGACACCUCUACGCCAACGCGGACGCUAUUGACGACAACUGCAAAUACUAUUUCUACUUAAUAAAUAGACCAAUUCUGGUGCUGAAAUGCGAGCAAGGCUUCGUGGGCCCCAAGGGCGUGCGGCUGGAGUGCAACAAGGCCAACUACGAGACCAUCCAGGUCAUCCGCGGCCCCAAGGGAGCCGUUUAUUUCAAAGGACAAAACGGCAAAUACUGGCACGCGGACAGCGAGAGCGUGACGUGUGACGCGGACUCGCCGCAGGGCUUCCACCUGGAGCUUCGCGAGCCCACGCGCCUCGCCAUCCGCGCCGCCGCCUCGCGCGAGUACCUCGCAGCCGCCAAGAACGGCAACUUCCGCCUCGCCUCCUCCGACCUCAGCUCCGCCACGCACUGGGAGUAUUAAGCCGCCCAGCUCGGGAACCCUCGCCUCGCCUGUUCACCGUCGGCCCGCGGUCCGCUCGGACCUCACUGACGUUCGUCGAAAACAGAGCUGUCUGUCGCGGCUCCCGUACUCAUUUUUUAGUUCCCACUUUGGGGCCAUCCAUAAAGUACGUCACACGAAUUUCAUGAUUUUUUGACCCCCCUCCGUCCUUGUCACAGGUGUGUGACGUCACAUGUUUUGCAAUUUCACAUCGAAAAAUUAUUAAAUUAACAGCAGUUCCGAAAUUAGUUUUAUUUCCAUUUAAAUUAAGUACUAUUUUUUUAUGAAAUCAACAUUAUAUCAAAUAUUUGAAACAAUUGAAAUGUGAUGUCACGAAACUUAGGACCCCUCCCACCCCUUGUUACACCAUGUCACACUUUGUCAACCCCCUCCCCCCCUCUUUAUGUGUGACGUACUUUAUGGAUGACCCCUUUUAGACUUGAUUUCCUUUUAGGCUGACAUCGGUGACCGACGUCAGCGGCGCGCACGAUUACACACUAGUUCUAUGUAAUCAUCUGCCGCCGACGACGGCGUUGCAGUGCGGUGUUUCAGAACAUUGUGUUUAUUCGUACGCUCGACCGAUGUACGCGACCGACGUCAGCGUAGGAGGAAAUCGAGCCUUAGAAAGACGAAGGUUCCCGAGCGGGCGCCCGAGGCCGGCCCGCAGAAUCUCCUCCCCAAUACUCCGCUCUACCGACAGGUGGUCUUAUCCGUUUCCGCUAGUUGGCGUGGGACUUAAAGGUCGAUUGAAAAUGUGAUGGAGCGUUUUCAGUUGACGCCAUUUUGAAAUGCCCAGCCGCUCAAAAUGGCGGUCACAUUCCAGCCGCCAUUUUGGCGGCGUCCGAACGACCCAAACAGCUGAUUCUGGCCGGAAUCCGCUGCGAAUGGAUUUUAAAAUUAAUUAAACAUAAAACGGGAAUGUAAGACAAUGUUCGAGCAUUGUCACCAAACAUUUCAGCAGAAAAAAAAAUUACUUCUCAAGGGUGUCAACUGGACGUCACCCGAAUUGCAUUUAGUACGAUAAGUGUAUGCGCGCGAGUGUAGUGCGAAUGUGAUCAUAUAAAAAUAUCGCUUCUCUGUUAUAAUAUUAUUAUAAUCAUAGAUUAUUUUCUUAUAUCGGUAGAUCUGCCGUCACUAUUGCUUGUUUCGAAUUAUAUUUUUUUAUUAUUUGUGACCGUCACUCGUAAUGCUUGAAAUUAUUUAUUUUAGAUUUACGGUAUAUAAAUUAUAUUAGUAUCGGGGGACAUUAUUGGAAAUUUCGUGAGUAUUUAUCGGAUAUAGCGUCUAGUCGAUGGGUUUUAUAAUUAUGAUUUUACCAACUCAGUACUUGUAUUCCGAACAUAUUCGUAGAUUAGUGACCGCAACACCAUGAGACUGAGCCUACAUCCUGCUGAUCAAUGACCGUAAUUGUGUACCGUAAUUAAUUUAAGUUGAACAGGGAUCGUCGCAAUACCGGCGCAGGCAGCGCGGGCUAGUAUUAAGUCGCUAGGGUAAGCUCGAGAUGCUUCCAUCGCCCCCUCCGUGCCGUCACACGACAUUUUUGACACAUUUUCUACGAUUUUACACGUGAUGAAAGAUUUUUUAUAACUGGUGCGUAUUAUCUUGUAUAUAAGCGAUGUUUCCGCGUUCGAUCGUGAUGUUUCGUACUUACAAGGCGUACGGAAGCGUAUCUCGUAAGUUUUCUAUAAUGAACAAAAAUGUUUAUUAAGUAUUUGUACUGCAAUAUUGCUGAUCAUGGAAAUUAAUAUUUGUACGAUAAUGUCUUUGUAAACUAUUAAUGAAUAAAUUAUAAUCAUAUUGUA